AUGAUUCGUCAAUACAAACAACAGACGUUCGAGAUCAUCAUCAAUGCGAUUAAGAAUAGAGUAUUGGCACGCAAAUGGUGGAUCAAAGAGGACAGUGUUCUCCAUCAGAUUAUUUACUUGACACAAUUGGACAACAGUGACCAAAAACAACAACAACAACAACAACAACAACGACAGGAGAUCCUCCAUCAGGUGCUCAACAAGGGUAGAGACCUAACGAAUAUCAUUUUCCAAUACUUCAAACAACAUUUUCACCCGAUUGAACGAUAUUGUAAUGUGCUCUUUCCUCAACUCUACUUAGACAAUCUUAUCACGAUGGUGAGGCUCAUGGGCCCAUCACUUCCAUAUCACUUUGGAACCCAUGGGGCCUAUCUCCUUUCAAAGAUUGGCAAUUCAUCAAGCUUUAAGUGGUACAAUUCAUCAAUACUUCUCACCGAUGCCAUUGUGUCAUCGUUCAUUGCAGCUGGCCAACCACCUCCACAAAUCCUAUUACAAUUCUUGAACACAUUGCCGAUCAAUCCAAAAAUUGAUCGAAACAAACCAACCAUUGAAUGGAUAGAGCCACUCAUUCACAUUUUCGACUUGACCAAGCGAGUGGACUUCUUUCAAUUGGCGAUGCAGUUGCUGUUCAAAACAAAAUCAUCAUCAACUCAAUCGAUCAUGGAGAAUCUCUUCCAGUCGCAUCCAACCGCAAUCAAGGAGUUCUUCACCAAGCAGUCCAAUGUUGACCGGAUGGACAAUGUAACCAACCUCAGCCUGGUGAUCAAUUGCAUCGUUCAAUCAUUGGUCCCUGCUAACUUUAUUAAAGUUAUCAUGGACAAGUCAUCUCCAUCUCGCUACAACAACAGUGAUAACAAGGUCAUAUUCACAUCAUCGUGCACCGACCUCUCGAAAGCAUCGAUCAUGUUCAUCGACAUCAUGUUUGAAGGUCUUUAUGGAACCAGGAGAUGGACCAACAUCGGUACAGACACAUCCCAUUAA